AUGAUUGUCCUCUCUCUUUUUCCUCUCUUUCUCCUUGUCGCGUUGUCCUCGCUCACCUACGCGACAUCGGACUACCAUGAGAGCCUCACCCUGCAGCCAUUGCCGCAGUCAUCUUUAUUAGCGUCCUUUAAUUUCCGGAGCAAUGCUUCUCAGGAGUCCUUUGACGAGCGGAAUUUUCGCCACUUUCCCCGUGCGCUAGGUCAGAUAUUGCAACAUGCUCACACCAAGGAGUUACACCUGCGAUUCACUACGGGAAGAUGGGAUGCUGAAAGCUGGGGAUCGCGCCCCUGGUAUGGGGUUAAAGAAGGAAACACGGGUGUGGAAUUAUGGGCAUGGAUUGAUGGGGCAGAUGAUCAAGAGUGCGUGCAAUCUAGUUCGGACCCCUGCUCCUUGGAUGCAUAUGCUGACGAAGAUAAAAGAGCGUUUGCGAAAUGGAUUACACUGACACAGUCUCUGUCUGGUUUAUUCUGCGCAUCGCUCAACUUCAUUGACUCAACUCGGACUACCCGACCAGUUGCGUCUUUCUCUCUCGCCGGAGACCAUCCGGCUUCGAGUAAUCUACAUCUUUUGCAUGGCACACUUCCGGGCGAAGUUGUCUGCACAGAGAACCUUACACCCUUUCUGAAACUCCUACCGUGCAAAGGCAAAGCCGGUGUUGCCAGUCUGCUUGAUGGACAUAAGUUGUUUGAUGCGUCUUGGCAGAGUAUGUCGGUUGAUGUACGUCCUGUCUGUUCUGGUCCCGAUGAUUGUCUUGUGCAAAUCGAACAAACUGUGGAUAUUGUGCUUGACCUUGACAGGUCGAAAAGGCCUCGAGACAAUCCAAUUCCCCGACCAGUCCCUAAUGAUCAGCUUGCCUGCGAUACAUCGAAGCCAUAUCACUCUGAUGAUACCUGUUAUCCUUUGGAGAAGACCUCCGAAGGCGGCUGGUCUCUAAGCGAAAUCUUUGGGCGCACUGUUAGCGGCGUUUGCCCGUUAGGCGAUAGCCAAAGCUCUGAGGAAACUAUCUGCUUGCGCGUACCCCAUGAGCGAGGGGUCGCUGUCUCUGAAGGUGCGGUCGAGACUCGUAAGCCGGAUGGCUUCACUCGGUGUUACACGCUCCAACCCUCCGGCGCAUUUGAUUUGGUCAUGCCGGAGCAGGAAGCCACAACCCAUGUUCCUCUAGAUGAGCCUGUCUUGCGUGCGGAACGGACGAUCGUUGGCCACGGCGUGGAACGGGGUGGCAUGCGUAUCAUCUUUGAUAAUCCCUCUGAUACGGACGCGGUUGAUUUCAUGUAUUUUGAGACCCUCCCGUGGUUCUUGCGUCCGUAUGUGCACACACUACAAGCGACGAUCACUGGGCGUGAUGGGAUCCGUCGACAAGUUCCCACCUCACAGCUCAUCAAGGAAACCUUCUACCGCCCAGCGAUUGACAGAGAACGCGGCACACAGCUAGAACUAGCUUUAUCCGUCCCGGCUGCCUCUACUGUGACACUUACAUAUGACUUCGAGAAGGCCAUUUUACGAUACACCGAGUACCCCCCGGACGCCAACCGUGGUUUCAACGUUGCCCCGGCGGUGAUUAAGCUCGGUGGACAUGAAAACCCGAUCUACAUGCGCACAACCAGCCUUCUUUUGCCGCUACCCACGCCGGAUUUUAGUAUGCCGUACAAUGUGAUUAUCCUUACCAGCACGGUUAUCGCUCUAGCGUUCGGAAGCAUCUUCAACCUCUUAGUCCGUCGCUUCGUCUCCGCCGAAGAGGCAGCCGCACUCACAUCACAGACAUUAAAGGGCCGCCUGGCAGGCAAGGUCGUAGCAAUACGGGAUCGGAUAAAAGGGAAGAGCGCAAAGGUUGAAUAG